AUGUUGGCAUCGCUCGCCCGUCGCAUCCAGCCCCGCGCUCCGGCCGCGUUUGUGCGCCUGAGCUCGUCGCUCAUGUCGGACGUCCACGGCACGACGCACGGCAAGAAGCACUGGAAAAACAAGCCGCUGUUCCGUCGCGGGGGCGACAAGCGGUUCCGCAAUGGUCAGGAGGCUGCGGACAUGUUGACGGACGAAGUGAUUCGUCGCGAUCCGAACCAGGAGGAGUACGUACAAGCCGUGCAAAACUUUGUCGACUCGGUGGUGCCCGUUUUCGACCGGUACCCCAAGUACGCGUGGGUCAUGAAGACGCUGAUGGAGCCAGAGCGUGUGAUCCAGUUUCGAGUCCCGUGGAUCGAUGACGAGGGCAGCAGCCGUGUCAAUCGCGGCUUCCGUGUUCAGUUCUCUAGUGCUUUGGGUCCCUAUAUGGGUGGCCUGCGUUUCCACCCAGAGACAACACACGGCAUCGCCAAGUUCUUGGGCUUUGAAACUAUUUUCCGCAAUGCACUGGCUGGUCCCUAUGGCGGUGCACACGGUGGCUCGGAUUUUAAUCCGAUGGACAAAAGCGAGUCGGAGAUCAUGCGCUUCUGCCAGUCGUACAUGACAGAAUUGGCUAAUUACAUUGGUCCGCACACGGAUGUACCGACGUCGGGCGUAGGCGUUGGACCACAGGAGAUUGGAUACAUGUUCGGACAGUACAAGCGACUGCGUCAACUGCAUCCGGGAGGCACGGAAGGGAUUUUGAGUGGUGGUGCUUACCAUUAUCCACAGGCUACUGGCUACGGUGUGGCCCACUUUGCCAAUCGUAUUCUCGAGUCCCGUGGAGAGUCCAUGAAGGGAAAGCGCUGUCUCAUCUCGGGCAGUGGCACAGUGGCGCUCAGUGUUGCGCAGAAACUCUUGGAUCUCGGUGCCAUCCCAAUCGGAAUGAGCGACAAUUUCAGCUACGUGAUCGAGGAGCAGGGAUUUACAAAGAAAAGUCUGGAAGAGCUCAUGCGCAUCAAGGAAAAGCGUAAUGCGCGUCUCGGUGCUUAUAUCAUGUCGUCCACCACGGCCAACUACCACCCGACUGAGGAAGGUCGUCUGUGGGAAACACCUUGUGACUACGCCUUCCCGUGCGCUAUUCAGAACGACGUGGGUGCUGAUGAUGUGCGUCUACUUGUGAAGAACGGCUGCAAGGGCAUUUUUGAAGGAGCCAAUUUCCCUUGCACAGACGAAGCCGUUCGGCUCAUCAAGCAGCACGAUCUGGCUUUCGGCCCGAACAAGGCUCUAAAUGGCGGCUCCUUCGCAUUAAUCACGAAUAACCUCGGGGCGUCGACGCAGCUAUCCGACGAGGAGGUGGACAAGAUCGUCAAAGAUUACAUGUACGAGCUGCAUGACCGCGUAGCAGCUUCCGCGGAGGAGUUUAAUGCUGCAGGUGAUCUCCACAUGGGCGCUAACAUCACGGCUUUCAUGAGCGUGGCCUCUGCCAUGUUCCGCCAGGGUGUAGUAUAA